AUGUAUUCGAACACAUUCAAAAACCAGAUUUUGUGUGCUUAUUAUCCAAAUAUCACUACAUUAUACGAAUUUCUUACCACGCAUUGCGGCAGUCAAAUUGAAUUGAUUCAGAAGAGUGAUGAGGAAGAGUAUACAAGCUUACUAAAAACCUCACUCAUAAAUGACAACGAACAGUCCUUUCAGCGUAGCUUAUGUUUGUGGAAUUCGGAAAAACAAUAUGCAGAGGUGGUUAAAGAUGCUAUUACCGAACUUGUUAAUAAAAAGCCAGACUCGGUCCGAAAAAAACAACCCAAUGUUUUAUCACUUGGCUUUCGAUGGAUACCAUUUGAAUACGGUCAUACGGUAAAGUGCAAAAAUUCAUGCACAGGUUAUAUCGAACACUUACCAGCAUUGAAGAAGCUUUACUCUAGGCUUGGUGAGAAAGCAAUGACUUACUUGUUGACGAAUACAUCGAUAUUUAUUUUUCUUUCAAAUAAUUCUUAUCUUCAAGUGACUGGUCCUGCAAUUAGCGAAUUGCCUAAUCCGAAUAUCGAUUGUUCUUCAAAAGUCCAAAUGAUAUCUCAAGAAGUUUCUGAAAAAAUGCCAUCUCAAGAAAUCUUUGAAGGGGUGUCAUCUCAAGAAACCUUCAAAAGAAAAGGAACUUUUGAAAGGGUGUUAUCUCAGAAAACUUUUGUAGAAAUGGCACCUCAAGGUACAUGUGUGAACUUACAACGUGAAUCUAAAAAUUUCAUCCCAGAUCUGGAAAAUUUAAAUGAUUCACCAAAAGUAACGCCACAAAAACGGGCUUUAGAUGACCCCUAUUCACAAUAUGAAGAAAUUUCUAAAUCUACCAAAUACAAUAAUUGUGAUGGUGUUAGAUAUUUCAGGAAAUCAAAUACUAUUCGUACUGAUGUUUCAGAAAAUUCAUCUCUUAACAAAGCCAAAACUUCUAAUGAAAUGUCCGGUGAUCGAGAAAUAAAUUCAAAAAGAGGUAUUCAAGAUAUUUUUCCAUCUGCAACUCAUGGUUCUGUCAGGUUCGGAUUGCCUAAAUGUCAUAUUUUAAAUAUUACCAAAAUGUCAAGAGACGUCAUUCAGCAUAUUUUUCCAAAGCAAUUUGGACUUCAAAACGUAUUUGAUCAUGACGAGAAUGGGCAGCCAAGCGUGCAAUCGUUAUUUCAACCGUAUCAAAAUCGUAUUACUGAGAUUCAGAAACUUAAUACUGACAUACCUCCUCGCUUGAUUCGAGUGUUGCCUAUGAUAGACCAGAUUAUUUCACGUCAUAAAAAAUGUGGAUACACAAGCUUACUCAAGCGUUAUUGUCCUGUGAUGAUGCAAAGCAAGUUAUCCGCUCUUUCUACAGAUGAUAGCUCUUACAUUCAGGAUGUAAACUCUAGUUCAAAUAAAUAUCAGGUUACCACAUUUGUUCGUGAAGUGUUGCGACGAGUAAUUCCAGAAGAGUUUUGGGGCUGUAAUGACAAUCAACAAAUAAUAUUUGAAGGGCUCUCGUUGCACCAUGUUUUGAAUAAAUUCAAAAUUAAGCAGUGCAAAUGGCUUUUUGUGGAUGGCAACAAAAAUAACAAAGUCGAAGCUGAUAAGAGAUCAGAAUUAUUAUAUGAAUUUAUUUGGUGGAUAUUUGAUUGCUUUGUUAUUCCACUGCUUCAAACCAAUUUCUAUAUAACUACCAAUGCAAAAUACAAGAAUCUCGUGUUUUACUAUCGUAAAGAUAUCUGGUUACGAAUUGAAAAAUACAAUAUGGAAUCUUUGCCAGCAAACACUUUUGAAGAAGUUCCUAAAGAAACUGAGAAACAGUUCUUAGACAAUAGUAUUUUGGGAUAUUGUACUGCUCGAUUUCUUCCAAAAGGAUUAAAAGGUGAAAUGCGGCGUGUUAUCAAUCUAAAUAGAGUGCAAAGUAAGGUUAGUAUUUUAUUGGUCGAGGUGGACGGUGAAAAAAAUCCAAAGCGAUCCGUGAACACAAUUCUACAAGAUACAUUUCAAGUCCUAACAUUUGAAAAAGAUAUGCAAUUAUCUGAUGAAAAGUUUUCUAGGCUAGAUGGUUCAGUGUUCAAUCUUAAUGAAAUUUAUGAACGGUUGAAAGAAUUUAAACAAAACCUUACAAAAAAUAGACAGAUGCAAUCAACAUUAUACUUCGCAAAAGUGGAUGUCCAAUGUUGUUUUGAAUCAAUCGAUCAAGAGCAAGUCUUGGAUAUAGUUAAAGACGUAUUAAAAGAAAGUGAAUAUGCCAUUCAUAAAUAUGAUGUGGUUUGCCAGAAGAGUAAUAAAAUACAUUCGUUUUAUAAAUAUUAUAUCAACUCAAAAGACAAUAUACCUGAUUUUCCUACCUUUGCAAGAGAAUCAGCACAAAAGCUCCCAAAUUCAGUUUUUAUUGACCGCGUUAAAGAAUCAUAUCUAAGUAAGAAGAAUAUACUUGAUCUUUUAGAAAAGCAUAUAAAGUACAAUUUAAUAAAGAUUGGAGACAAGUUUUAUAGGCAAUGUAUCGGUAUUUCACAAGGGUCAGUCGUAUCGACACUGCUUUGUAGCUUUUAUUAUGGUGAGAUGGAAUGGAAAGUGUUUCCUUUUAUUAAGCAUGAUGAUGGCGUAAACAAAGAAAAGGUUGAAAGAUUUAUAACUGCAAUGCAUAAUGGUCAUCCAAAAUAUAAGUGUAUUGUUAAUAGAGAAAAGAGUUUAACAAAUUUUGAUGUUAUUGUUAAUGGGGAGCCGAUAGAAAAAUUGAGUAAUACGUUUG